AUGGAUCCAAUCAAGCCACCUGACCGCGGUGACAUGACGGGCGUUCCUUGGCUGGGACGCGGACGCGGACUACAGCCUGAGGAGCCAGCUGUAGGACGUAGUAGAGGCCUGCCGCUUUCUACAGAAGGACCUAGUGUAGGACGAGCCAGAGGUUUUUUCACUCUUGGCGAUACCCCACAAGGACCUGGAGUAACUCUACCCAUUACCGAACCUGUAGUUGGAAGGGCCAGAGGAGUUUUGGUCCAGCCUGAUGAUGGACGACUCGGCCGAGCCAGAGGACUUUUUCUAGCAGCUGAACCAAAGGUAGGAGUGGCGAGAGGCACAAUCCUGCGUAGUCUGGAGUCUCCAUAUGAACAGACACCUCCAUGUGAAACCAUGACGCGAGAAGAGAAGCCAACUUUGCCAACGAAAGAGGUUGAAAUACCCACCAGUGGUCAAGGAACAGCACUAAUCUCCAUGUUUAGAGGAAUGGGCAUUGAGCCCUCAGUGACCUCAUGGGGAAGAGGGACACUACCAGUGGGAAGAGGAGCAGCUGGAGAUAAUAUGGGAGAGGUGAAGCAACAAGGGGUCCCAGUAGGUGUCAUCAGUAGCCCACAGAGCAUUGGUCAACCUGAAGAGGUGAUGGGCAGAGGCAGCAGUUUCCAUGGCAGAGGUUUGUCCCCUCAGACGAUGGUGGGACUUGGAAGAGCAGCAAUGCCACAGCUUGGCAUUGGACGAGGACGCCCUUUACUCCCUUCUUGUCCCCUGGGUAGUACCGAGUCGAUUUCUCAGACCUCUGACGUACAAGCAGCCCUGCACUCGCAGGCUUCCUACACAGGAACCGAACUCCCUGUUUCCACCACUCAAGAGAUACUGGAGCUCUCUUCUGGUUCACCAGCAAAGGUAGAACUGAAAAUGGAGGCAGCUCAUGAGCCGCUUAAUAAGGCCGGAACAAAAGGAGCUCCUAUAACUAUUGGCUCAAACCACAUCCCAAUUCGCUGCAAGAAUGAGGCUGUUUAUCAGUACCAUGUAACAUUCAUCCCAAAUGUUGAAUCAAUGUCAAUGCGUUUUGGCAUGAUGAAAGAACAUCGCCCGACCACAGGGGAAGUCGUGGCUUUCGAUGGCUCAAUACUCUACCUGCCUGUAAAGCUGAAUGACGUGGUCGUUCUCAAGAGUUUGAGACGGACUGAUAAUGAGGAAAUACAAGUCAAAAUCCAGAUGACGAAGAUUUUGCCACCCAACUCUGAUCUGUGUAUCCCAUUCUACAAUGUGGUGCUGAGGAGGGUCAUGAAAAUCAUCGGACUGAAGCUUGUCGGGCGCAAUCAUUACGAUCCAGAAAGCGCAGUCAUUCUUGGAAAACAGCGGCUGCAGGUGUGGCCAGGCUAUUCAACCUGUAUCAAACGCACAGAUGGAGGCCUGUACCUGUGUGUGGAUGUGUCGCACAAAGUGUUGCGGAAUGACUCUGUGCUCGAUGUCAUGAAUACGCUGUACCAGCAGAGCAAAGAGAACUUCCAAGAUGAAUGCACCAAAGAGCUCAUCGGCAGCAUCGUCAUCACCCGCUACAACAACCGCACCUACCGCAUUGAUGCCAUUGAAUGGAACAAGUCACCCAAAGACACCUUCACUUUGAUGGAUGGCACAAAAACCACAUUUGUGGACUACUACAGCAAGAACUACGGGAUUACAAUCAAAGAGAUGGACCAACCUCUGCUAAUGCAUCGGCCAAAGGAGAGGUCAAAUCAAGGAGGAAAGCAAGUCAUCACAGGAGAGAUCCUUUUAGUACCAGAACUUUCCUUCAUGACUGGAAUCCCGGAGAAGAUGAGGAAAGACUUCAGAGCAAUGAAGGACCUGACCAUGCACAUCAAUGUGAGUGGUGAGCAGCACACCUACUCAAUAAAGCAGCUCCUGAAGAACAUCGCCACCAACCCUGAAAGUCUGAAGGAACUCAGCCGAUGGGGACUGGAGAUUGGCUCAGACAUCCUGGUGAUUAAAGGUAGAACUCUGCCCCUUGAAACCAUUUGUCUCCAGUCUUCAUCCUUUGGCACCGGUGCUGAUCUAUCCUGGUCCAGAGAGAUUGUCAGGGAUGCUUCAAUCAGCUCUAUCCCAUUGAACAUCUGGGCCAUCUUCUACCCACGCCGCUGUGCAGAGCAGGCUCAAGAGCUGGUUUCCACCUUUAACAAGGUGGCCGGGCCUAUAGGGGUAAGACUGGAGCGACCCAUUCGUGUAGAGCUGAGGGAUGAUCGCACAGAGACAUACGUCAAGAGCAUCCAUUCCCAGCUCACUAGUGAGCCCAACAUGCAGCUCGUGGUGUGCAUCAUGGUUGGCAACAGAGAUGAUCUCUAUAGUGCCAUCAAGAAGCUCUGCUGUGUGAAAAGCCCCAUUCCCUCCCAGGCCAUCAACGUCCGGACGAUUUCCCAGCAACAGAAGUUGAAGAGCGUCGCCCAAAAGAUUCUCCUGCAGAUAAACAGCAAGUUAGGAGGAGAGCUGUGGACUGUCAGUGUGCCCCUGAAACACUUGAUGGUGGUUGGAGUUGACGUCCAUCAUGACACCAGCAAGUCACAUCAGUCUGUCAUGGGCUUUGUGGCCAGUGUGAACAGCUCACUGACUCGCUGGUAUUCCAGAGUAACUUUCCAAACACCCACUGAGGAGUUGAUCAAUGGCUUCAGAGUAUGCUUGCUGGCUGCACUGCAGAAGUACUAUGAAGUGAACCACGGCUUGCCAGAAAAGAUUGUGGUGUAUCGGGAUGGCGUGUCAGAUGGUCAGCUGAAGAUGGUUGAGCAGUACGAGAUCCCACAGCUGAUCAAAUGCUUUGAGACGUUCCCCAGCUACGAGCCCAAGCUGGUCUUCAUUGUUGUCCAAAAGCGCAUCAGCACCACCCUCUAUUCCUGUGCUUCAAACAACUUCGGGACACCUCCACCUGGAACUGUUCUGGAUCACACACUCACUCAGAAAGACUGGGUGGAUUUCUACCUGAUGGCACAUCACAUUCGCCAGGGCUGUGGGCUUCCCACCCAUUAUAUCUCUUUGUACAACACAGCAAACCUUACACCAGACCAUUUGCAAAGGCUGACUUUCAAGAUGUGCCAUUUGUACUGGAACUGGCCAGGCACCAUUCGAGUUCCAGCACCAUGCAAGUAUGCACACAAACUGGCUUUCCUGUCAGGCCAGUACCUGCACUCAGAACCAGCCAUCCAGCUAUCGGACAAGCUCUUCUUCCUUUGA